AUGUGCACGGAGACCGUGCACGUGGCACACAACCAGGUCUGGUUCACCCUGGGGAGGACAGGCCUGGUUCACCCUGGGGAGGACAGGUCUGGUUCACCCUGGGGAGGACAGGCCUGGUUCACCCUGGGGAGGACAGGCCUGGUUCACCCUGGGGAGGACAGGUCUGGUUCACCCUGGGGAGGACAGGCCUGGUUCACCCUGGGGAGGACAGGCCUGGUUCACCCUGGGGAGGACAGGCCUGGUUCACCCUGGGGAGGACAGGUCUGGUUCACCCUGGGGAGGACAGGCCUGGUUCACCCUGGGGAGGACAGGCCUGGUUCACCCUGGGGAGGACAGGCCUGGUUCACCCUGGGGAGGACAGGUGUUUCAGGGCCUCACAUUUCUCUGAACAGCAGUUUUAAUCAUUGCCGAGCUGCUCCACGUCCAGAGCAACAGGAAAAGUGCAGAGGUCGCAGUUUAUGA